CAGGAAUCAAGAGAGAAUGUUCCUUUCAUUACUGAUAACAAGUGUGUUUACAUGGGCAAUGCAAUGCUUCUUUCUGAUGGCGAAAUGCCUCCCCCGUAAGAUGGGGAGGAAACUACAACUACUGGUCAUCAAUCAAGUGUGUCAUUCACCUGCACAUAUGCUAGAAUAAAAAAACUAUUUCGCAAUUUUGCUUCCACUUUGUGAAAGUUGCAUGCUGGAAUCAGAAUAUAAACAAUUUCUCUUUCAUGCGAUUUCAUUUGUAGGACAUACUACAGUGGAAGUGAAUUUUAGAUUCUGUGGAAAAUUCAUUUCAAAUUGGAAAACAGUCAGUGUUGCCUGAAUGAUUUAAUUAUUCUGUUGAAUAUUCUUGCUCUGAUUUCUUUCAUUAAUUGGAUUUCACACAUAAUUCAAUUCAUGGAUUGAAAUUUUAACAAAAAUCUCUCAUGAAAUGCAUCAUAUAUUAGUAAUCCUGUGGUUUGCUCUAUCUGUGGGAACAAAGCAGAUAUGGUCAAUAACAAAUACUAUUGGUGAAGAUUGUGUGGUCAGUUUGACUAUACCCAGGGACAGUAUCAAAAGUAGCUGUAAUCAAGAUGAGGGAACUCUCAGAAAGAUGCAAGCUUUAGAAGCUAAACUUCAGCGGUUGUACACUGCAGUGGAAGGGUUGGAAGUUCGAAUGCCUCGAAUUGUUUCUCAUCAGACCAGGAAUCAAGAAACAAUGGAAAGAUUAGAAUUCAAUUUGGCACAGUCAGCAACAUAUGUCAAAAAGCUUGAGGACAAAAUUCUAGAUCUAGAAUCCAAACUGCCACAGACAGCAGGGGGACAAACAGUUAUCCCUCAGCGUUCCAAUUCUCUUGAUUCCCUGCUGGAUCCCGUCCGUCCCCUCGUAAUGAACGAGUUGGAAAGUUUUAAAGAUGAUUGGAUGAGAAAUCUGGUGGACAAUUUAGUUCCUGCAAUUUUAACUCCAGACAACAAAUUAGGAGUCAAUUUUAUGAACAAACUUAUUCAAAGUUUAAAGGUACAAAUCAAAGCUAAUACUGUAAGUCCUUUGGAGAUAGUUGAAUCAUCCAGUGAAAUUGAAGAUGAUGAGGCAAAAAAUGAUACAAAAGAGGAGGAUUUCAUAAAUGAAUUCAUGAUUGUAACAAAACCAACAAAAAUGCCUGAGACCUCAUCUAAAUCUUCUUGGAGUACAAAUGCUAUAGACAUGCUGGCUCGAACAGUGAAAAAUGUUAGCUUUAACUUGAAUAAACCAGCAAAAACCAUAUAUAAUAAUGACUCUGAAACUGAAGUUGGAAAUUCUUCAAAUGUAUCCCCAGUUAUGAAUGCAAAAAAUGUGAUAAGAUUGUUAUCAAUAGUUAAAACAGAAAUUUCAAAAGAGAUGAAUCUGAAGAUCAAUGAUGUUGAUAACAAAUACCAAAAUGUAAGUGAUAUUUUAUUUGGCAAGACAAACUCUUUAGAAGAAAAAGUUUCAAAUUUCCAAGAAAAUUAUCAAAUUCAACAAUGGAUCAUGGAGAAAAAUAUUUCAGACAUCAGGCAAGAAUUUAAUAUCCUUGAAAACAAAGUUGAACAAUCAGUUAGUGAUCUGCCUCAAAUAACAGCAAAUCAUGUGAAUUCAAAAUUUGAUUUGAAAAUGUUGUCUUUACAAAAAGCAUUUUCUCAAAAACUCCAAAGUGAAAUCUUGCAGAUAGAAAAUAAAAUCUAUUCUCAGAGCAAAAGGCUGAACACAACAUCCAGACUUGUAAACAUCUUCCCAGAAUCUCUGGCCAAAUACCAGAAUCAGAGUCAAACAGAGCUCGGCCAACUUCAACAAAAGGUGGCAGAACUGAGUCUCAAAUUAAAGAUUUGUAACGAUGAUGACAGUGUCGUGCUGAAAGAGAGGCUACGGUACUUAGAAGAGGAAAUUCAAGGAGUUGCCGAUUCCCAGUUAUUCAUGGAACAAGGCAUUGAUAAAUUCAAAUCUGGGUUCACCGAAAACUUUAGAAACGCCCAAAAUGAAAUUCAGAAUUUGAAGAGAGAAUUACAAGCUGUAGAGUAUGAAAUCGGUGGAAUUGACCUACUUAAAGUCUCAUUAGGAAAUCAGGACAUGAUUCUCAAUACCACUACUGAUAAAGUCAACACAUUUGAGAAUAAACUUAAGGACAUACAGAAGAUUUUCUCUGAAUUUACAGCUGAAGUCAUGAGUGAAAACCAGUGGGUUCCAUACAACUUCAGUUCUCAUUCACCAAUUCGAAAUGACUGUGGUGGAGGCAAAAAAUACAUCAGAAAAAGUUUCUUUGGGUCUUCCGUGGUCAAGUUUGUUGGGGUGCAGUUGUGUACAAACACUAGGUACAAGAUAUUCCUGGGGCCCAGUAAGGGUGGGGAAUUCUAUGACAUCGGUGACAAAGCUGGACGAGGCGAGGAUCACUGUCAAUUUGUGGGGGCCACCAUACCAGACAGCAACACAACAUACAAGGUGGACAAGAAAUUAGCCUUCUUCACAAUUGAUGGAUACAUGAGAGAGCACUGGAAUGAGGUGCCACAGUUUGGGAAGAUUUCAACUCUGCAGCCCACUUCUGCCUACUACGAGUGUGGAAUAUCAAUACCUUAGUUGUUCUGAAAACUUUACAAUUCCCAAGUUUUUAAACAAUGCAAUACUGGGUGGUGAAUUCUGCCAGGCAAAUAGAGUGGAUCAUAUUUUUCAUUUCAAGCAAGAUUGUGAAAAAAUAUUUCUGUGAAAUGCAUCAUUGAUACAAAUGUUUCAGACAUAUGAUGAAUGUUGGUGCAUUUUUGUAAUCGUUAUAAAUGUAUAAUUUUUUGAUGUUAACCAGUAUUUUUUUGUUGCUUUUCUUGAAAUACAGUAUUCUGUGUUUGUGUAUAUUUCUUACUUUUUU